AGCGAGCGGGGUAAAUGCGCUGGCUCCACGGGCCGCUGCGGAGUCACGCCGGAGUCACUCGCGGCUCGCUACGCCCCGUCCCCGCGGCAGGAAUGACUGAGGAGACACUUCUUUAAAAUUUGCUUGGCUCUGCACUUCACACAUAGACUCUACACAGAGAUUGAGAAUUGCUUUCCAGCACUUUAUGUGAACUGGGACACCCUUAGAAAAACCUGUAUGGGAUCCUAAGAACUUACGGAUGGAUGAUGUACUUACGAUGAUUAAGGUCAACAUGGAUUCGUGGUUCUUUGUCCUCUUGCUUGGAAGUGGCCUGACGUGUCUAGGUGCGCACAUCACUACCUCAGUGCCACCGUCCAUAGAGCACACCUCUGCCAUGCAUUCCACGAAAGCCCCUACAUCAGAACCAGAUGGCAGAAAGGGCACUAGUCCAAACAGUCUGAACGCUAGCUCUUCAACAACCGUAGUUACCAAGGCGCCUGGGCCUACUACCAUGCAAGCCACAGAGCUCCCUCCGAACACCACUGUCAGCUUGCUGGGCAAUGAAAACCGCACCAUGAGGACAACUGUGCCUGCAUCUGGGUCCACCUCCAGUCCACCCAGCACCACAUAUUCUGCUGCACAAACAUCUUCAGAAGACAUAAAGACAGUGCCCGCAAUGGGGAACAUCACUAUGGCAGUAACUUCUCCAGAAACCAUUGUCACUUCAGGUGAGCCAUCAAAAGGCCCAGGUGAUUCUGAUCAGGAGAGAAGAGAUGAGACUCCAAUUAUAGCUGUAAUGGUGGCCCUAUCUUCCCUGCUAGUCAUAGUAUUUAUAAUUAUUGUGCUGUACAUGUUAAGGUUUAAGAAAUACAAGCAAGCUGGGAGCCAUUCCAACUCAUUUCGCUUGUCCAAUGGCCGAACAGAUGACACAGAGCCGCAGAGCAUGCCGCUCCUUGCCAGAUCGCCCAGCACCAACAGGAAGUACCCGCCACUGCCUGUGGAUAAAUUGGAAGAGGAGAUUAACCGGCGAAUGGCAGACGACAAUAAGCUCUUCCGGGAAGAAUUCAACGCUCUCCCAGCGUGCCCCAUCCAGGCCACAUGUGAAGCCGCCUCCAAGGAGGAAAACAAAGAGAAGAACAGAUAUGUGAACAUUUUGCCCUAUGAUCAUUCCAGGGUUCAUCUGACUCCCAUCGAAGGUGUCCCGGAUUCUGAUUACAUUAACGCCUCCUUCAUUAAUGGGUACCAAGAAAAAAACAAGUUUAUUGCUGCACAAGGACCAAAAGAAGAAACAGUAAAUGAUUUCUGGAGAAUGAUUUGGGAGCAGAACACAGCGACAAUCGUCAUGGUGACUAAUCUGAAAGAGAGAAAAGAGUGCAAAUGUGCUCAAUACUGGCCAGAUCAGGGCUGCUGGACCUAUGGAAACAUCCGGGUUUCUGUGGAGGAUGUGACUGUCUUGGUUGACUACACAGUGCGAAAGUUCUGCAUUCAACAGGUAGGUGAUGUCACAAACAAAAAGCCUCAGCGCCUGGUGACCCAGUUCCACUUCACCAGUUGGCCUGACUUUGGGGUCCCCUUCACCCCUAUUGGGAUGCUGAAGUUCCUGAAGAAGGUGAAGACGUGUAACCCCCAGUAUGCAGGAGCGAUUGUCGUUCACUGCAGCGCCGGAGUAGGACGCACAGGCACUUUUAUCGUCAUUGAUGCCAUGCUGGACAUGAUGCAUGCAGAGAGGAAGGUGGACGUGUACGGUUUCGUGAGCCGGAUCCGGGCUCAGCGCUGCCAGAUGGUACAGACAGAUAUGCAAUAUGUUUUUAUAUACCAAGCACUUCUGGAGCACUAUCUGUAUGGAGACACAGAGCUAGAAGUGACCUCGCUAGAGACCCACGUCCAGAAAAUCUACAACAAAGUGCCCGGGACCAGCAGUAACGGGCUAGAGGAGGAGUUCAAGAAACUAACUUCAAUCAAAAUCCAGAAUGACAAGAUGAGAACAGGCAACUUGCCGGCAAACAUGAAGAAAAACAGGGUGCUUCAAAUAAUUCCAUAUGAGUUCAAUCGAGUGAUCAUUCCAGUGAAGAGAGGUGAAGAGAACACAGACUAUGUCAAUGCGUCCUUUAUUGAUGGUUAUCGCCAGAAGGACUCCUACAUUGCUAGCCAGGGCCCUCUCCAGCACACAAUAGAGGAUUUCUGGAGGAUGAUCUGGGAGUGGAAAUCCUGCUCUAUAGUUAUGUUAACAGAGCUGGAAGAGAGAGGCCAGGAGAAAUGUGCCCAGUACUGGCCUUCUGAUGGCUCUGUGUCCUAUGGAGACAUCACCAUGGAGCUGAAAAAAGAGGAGGAAUGUGAGAGCUACACAGUGCGGGACCUGCUAGUAACAAAUACCAGGGAAAACAAGAGCCGGCAGAUUCGACAGUUCCAUUUCCAUGGCUGGCCGGAAGUUGGAAUCCCUAGUGAUGGGAAAGGAAUGAUCAAUAUCAUUGCAGCUGUGCAGAAACAGCAGCAGCAGUCUGGGAACCAUCCAAUCACUGUGCACUGCAGUGCCGGGGCAGGAAGAACAGGAACCUUCUGUGCACUGAGCACUGUCCUGGAAAGGGUUAAAGCCGAGGGGAUUCUGGAUGUCUUUCAGACAGUGAAGAGUUUAAGAUUACAGAGGCCGCAUAUGGUGCAGACACUGGAACAGUACGAAUUCUGCUACAAGGUGGUGCAGGAAUACAUUGACGCCUUCUCAGACUACGCCAACUUCAAGUGAAAAAACAAAACAAAAAGAAACAAAUGACAGAAGAGUUGCCUUCUUUAAUAUUUUGUAAUAUUCUGUUUGUUAAUAUACCCCCCAAAAUAUGUGUAUAUAUCUUAACUGUUUUAGAGAUUGGUACCAUAGGCUUCAUAUUAGCUGGAGAUUUUAUAUGUAGCAAAAGUGUUAGCGCGGAUACUGUUGGCUCCUUUUUUUCCAAUGUUUUAUUGGGGAAUUAAAUAGCGUGAUGUUUGGAUUAAUAUUGUCAAUCCAUCUCUCUGCUGGAGAGUUGAUAUAGGCUGUUGUUUUGUUUGUAAAUCUUUUUCUUUUUCCCUGAGGGAGUAAAGCCUUUUUAAAAAUAGUAGUAUUCCGGAUCUCAUCUAAAAGCACAAGCUUUUCCGAACCUGUGGGGAAAUGGUUUCACAUUUUCCUGCUGUUCUGCUCUUAAAAGAAAGAAAGAGAAAGAAAAAAGCUUAUUCUGUAUAUAUCCUAGUUUUUGUAUAAAAAGAGAAAAAGCAAAAGUUUCUUUCUCCGGGACUAAAUAACUCUGCGUCACCAACUGAAAAUGGUAAUGGACUUGUAAGUGGCAGCAACAGUUGGGAUUUCAACCAGAAAAAAAAGGAUUUUUGCUCCCUAAAGGAAACUUCCCUGUAUGUGUGCCAGAUUUCAGAUUGGUUUUAUCUGCCUCUCAGUCACAGCCUUGUCUGGCAGUUAUUGGCAGGCAGCACGGUAGGUCGUUUAGAUGUCUAGCUGAACUGCAGGUGCAAUCACAUACGUGGAUGGCCUUACCUGCUCCUGCAAUUAACAAAGGCCAUUGAAAUCCUCUGGCUCUGUCUGUCCAUCUGUGUUCAUCAGUGAGCAGUAGCAGCUUUGUUGUUGUUAGUAUUAAGAUUCAUUCUCAUUCUCUCUCUCUCGGCAAAGCCAAAUGUUUCACUCUAGCCUUGUGUACUCUGGGAGUUUCAGUCAUUGGUGUCCAGCAAGUGGUGUAGCUUCACCAGCACAAAUGCUUAGUGUAGACAGGCAAAGCCUCUAAAAGUCACUGUUUGUACCUCUGCCUGAAACUGGGGUUAAGCUACACUUGUGCAAAUCAUGGCUUCUUGCAGCUUUGCCUGUCUACAUGGGGAGUGUGCACUGGCACAGCUCCACCAAUGGCUGCAGCUGGGGCAAAUCCCCAGUGUAGACAAGGGCUUGGACUGUGUUCUGCCAUGAGAGCCGUGUUUACUUCAUGCUUGUCUUACAAUUGCCAAGAGUGAUUGUUGGCCCAUGUCGGUUAUGGGUUGCCCGACCCUGUUUCCUUUAUGCUUGGAGGCAGGAGUGCCAUGUGCCUGCUGGCUGUCAACAUAUCAGAGCCUCCAUGGAAUGUGUUUAAUUUUACUCUUUUCCAUUUCUGUGGUCAGAAGGACUGAGGGAAAGAGAGUGAGGAGGGGCCUUCCUUUCAGUAGGUCUCUUCUAGGUGCUGGUGCCAUGGUUUGGAGAGAGGAUGUGGCAUCAUAACAAUCCAAACUUCAGCCAGCCAUUGAUUGUCCCUCAGACAUCAAGUGCGAUCAGCUCCCCGAUGCAUCUUUUCUUUCCCUCCACACCCUAUGAAUGGUCCUUUAGCAGCUCCUGGGCUAGACUUUCCUCUCCUACCAGUAUAACUACAAUGAAAGCCAAGGAUUUACACACAAGUCAUACUGGUGGGAAUAAGGUCAGAAUCAGGCCUGGUGGGGGGUUCUGCCAAGGAUACUAUCGGUCCACAGGCCCAAUUCUGUAUUUCCUUAGAACUGAAGUGAAAAUUAAAAUAGAGGAGUUGAUCCUUGCAGCAUUCCGGGAGGCAGCACUCCUAAUAAAAGUCACCAGGAGAAGGUCUAUGGUAUCAUCCCUAAAUAAAGAUCCUGUUUGCCUGAGUUAAUUGUGGAAGACCAGAUGUCUUCUCAGCCCUCCUGUGUGGGAGUUCACACACUCACUCUGUGUAAAUCCUCUCCAUCCCAGGUUAGUUGUGCAAGGGAAAAAUAACAGAAAAUCAGGUUCUUCUAGAGGAGGGUUCUUUUGUUUGGGGGAGGGGUUGUAUUUCUAAUUUCUAGACUAAAUGUGAUACUGUUGAAAGUGCCAACAGGCUUGGGGAUCCAUCCCCCAAGAGCGUAGGCUACACACACACACGCGUGCACACGCACACACACACCUCAGUCCUUGCCUGAAGGGAUCAUUUCUGAGUGUAAGAGGAGAUUUCAGUCUCCAGGCCUCAUUCACGUUGGUCUCUCUACAGAGACAGGCGGCAAAGGCCUCAAUUUUGCACUCUGAUCCACGCAGUUAGACCCUUAUGCCCAUGCAAAGUCCUGUAGAUGUCGUAGGGCUCUGCGUGGCCCUGACCCAGGACAGCAUGUAAGGCGGCACACACUGUCCCAAAUGGGGAUGCUUUCCUGAGUCAGGGCCCGUACAUACACAGGCCUGCCUGCAGGAUCAGGGGCUAAAAGCUCCAGUUGGUGCCAAGAAUGGUGACAUGGAUACCUGUCCUCUAGGAGCUAGUCUGAAACCAAGAAGACUUGUUGGGUUUUGAUGGAAAGGAGGCACCAAGAAUGUAUCACACUUCACAGAUAGUAAUAAAAUAAAUAGAUCCAUAAUGUUUAAGGCCAGAAGGGAACAGGCCAUAGAAUUUCACCCAGUGAUUUUGGCAUCAAGCGCAUAGUAACUUGUAGCUAAGCUAGAGCAGAUCUUAAAGAAAGACCUCCAAUCUUGAGCUAGACUUCAAGUGAUAGACCCCACAUCCUAGCCAGAGCAGAGAUGAUGGCUAAAGCAAGGAGCCUAUUCUCCUUAAUGGCAACACUCACUUUUAACUGAAAACCAUGGAAAGUAUUUCCUCUUUAAGGCUUGUUCUGCCCAGGCCGAGCCCUCCCACAGCCACAUGACAUUAUUUGCAGUUUUAUGUAGCCUCAAUCCUAUACAUUUACAUGUCUGAGUAAUUUUAUUCAAAUGAGUAAAGUUACUCCUACACUUAAAUAUUUGCAGGACCAUGUGAUGGUCUCCUAAAAGUUUUUAAUUAACCUUCCUUUGAGUAUGAAAUUUUAUCCUGGAUUUUGUGGCUUUUAUUGUAGAAAAAUCUUAAAACUUUUAAGACAUCUUAAAACUUUUCUGCCCUUUUUAAAAGGAAGGGUACAGGUAGCUUUUAUUUCCUCUUUCUAAAUAUGGUGUUGGUUUGGCUUAAUCGUUUGUUCUUUCCAGAAGAGAGUUCUGAAGUGUAUCGGUCUUUAAAUACUAGAUAGACCUUUUCUGUGUGUGUCUGAAGACGACUUUUUUUUAAUGAAUCCUGUUUUUGAGCUCAAAGAUUGUAGUUGAUGAGAGAAGAAGGCAGUUGAACUGUUCUUAAAGGAAGAUGCAGUGGAAUGUCUGACCUAUUCUAAUUUACAAUGGAAGUUGAAUUACAACUGGAUUUCAGGGGUCUAAAAUACAGGAAGUAGAGUGAACAGUCAGAGCCCACGCUCUGUAGUCAGAUUGAAUAGGGCUGAGACAAAGCCAUUUGAAUGCAUGACUAAAGAAGACUUUCCCAGCUACUGAAUUAACCAAGAGAAUGCAUCUUCCCUAUGCAUUCAAGUGCCAAGCCAAUCCUCUGGGUCCUCAACUACAGCCGGGAAAGAAUCAAUGCGACAGCAGCCUUGCUUGAGAGACACUAGCACCAUUCACACUUGUUAUUUCGAAGGUACUUUUGCUAUUCACAGUUUUAUUUUAAGGCUUCACAAUGAGAUCUUUACUAACAAAUACCAGUGAUAGAUUCUUAACGGGCUAUGGUGUGGACUCCCUUGGGAUUUGAAUACCCAUGUACCUGCUGGGGGGCCAGUCUAGCUAAUCCGGUUAUGUUCCUGUAGCGAGCUCCUUGUAUCGUGCCUGCCUCUAGUCUAGUCUAUGUAGAUCCUUAUACUGCCCUCUUCACCGUAGUAUCAGAGCACAUGCCAGUCGCUCAUUAAGCAAUGUGACUAACAUCUGCCACAUGAGCUUUGUUCCUUUCUCUGUCCUCUCCAGAAUCUAGCAAUGCCAGUUCAGCGCAUGGUUUUAUUUCAGCUGGGAUAUUGCCUGUAAAAAAGGAGCUUGGUUCCCCCCAAUAAGGAGCCUGCUUUCCACCACCUCCCAUCAAUGGGCAAGUCACCUUGGAGUUGUAGACAAAGAAAUGGAGCCUCAUUCAGCAAGGCUGACGUUUGGGUUUUACUUUGUACUGGACCCAGGUGCCCUCUGCUUCAAGAGCUGAGGAAGUCCUGUCCUGGAAUGUAAGCACAUAUUGUCUCCUUUACCUUGGUGAGUAGAGGGGCCAGUAGGAUCCCUGUCUAGGGGCCAGGCAUGGUGCCUCUACACCAUCAAACUGCUCUCUGCCUGCACCCUGAGGAAGCCCUCCCAAUAGCUUGGUGACCUUCACUAAGGGAGGAGAGAGCCCACCACCGGCAGUGAGUGCUGGCUCAGCACUGCAUGUUACAGCACAUUCCUACAUGCUGUGGAACCCCACCACCGUCAGCACCUAAGAGGAACAGUUCCUGUCAGCAUGGCUUUGUUGGAGCUGUACUACACGGGGCCCCAGAGCCAGGAAGAGGCACUAGUCUUCCAGCAGGUCCCCCAAGAUCUGUAAGGCUCAGGGGCUGAAUCCCUUGCUUCUCUCAUCAAGGGAGAUCUUUCCUCUGAUGGAAGAACAGGAAGGAAACUCCACAAGAGGAUUGAGAACUUUACAUUUUAGAAAAUAAUGGCCAUACUGGGUCAGACCAAAGGUCUAUCUAGCCCAGUAUCCUGUCUUCUGACAGUGGCCAAUGCCAGGUACCCCACAGAGAAUGAAUAGAACAGGCAAUCAUGAAGUGAUCCAUCCCCUGUCGCCCAUUCCCAGCUUCUGGCAAACAGGCUAGGGACACCAUCACUGCCCAUCCUGGCAGCCAUUGAUGGACCUAUCCUCCAUGAAUAUAUCUAGUUCUUUUUUGAACCCUGUUAUAGUCUUGGCCUUCACAACAUCCUCUAGCAAGGAGUUCCACAGGUUGACUGUGUGUUGUGUGAAAAAAUACUUACUUUUGUUUGUUUUAAAUCUGCUGCCUAGUAAUUUCAUUGGGUGACCCCCAGUUCUUGUGAUAUGAGAAGGAGUAAACAACAGUUCCUUAUUUACUUUCUCCACACCAGUCAUGAUUUUAUAAACCUCUAUCAUAUCUCCCCUUAGUUGUCUCUUUUCCAAGCUGAAAAGUCCCAGUCUUAUUAAUCUCUCCUCAUACGGCAGCUGUUCCAUACCCCUAAUCAUUUUUGUUGUCCUUUUCUGAACCUUUUCUAAGUCCAAUAUAUCUUUUUUGAGAUGGGGCGACCAUAUCUGCACGCAGUAUUCAAGAUGUGGGCGUACCAUGGGUUUUUAUAGAGGCAAUAUGAUAUUUUCUGUCUCAUUAUCUAUCCCUUAAUGAUUUCCAACAUUCUGUUUGAGUGAAUGUUUUCAGAGAACUAUCCACAAUGACUCCAAGAUCUUCCUUGAGUGGUGACAGCUAAUGUAGACCCCCUCAUUUUAUAUUCAUAGUUGGGAUUAUGUUUUCCAAUGUGCGUUACUUUGCAUUUAUCAACAUUGAAUUUCAUCUGCCAUUUUGUUGCCCAGUCACCCAGUUUUGAGAGAUUCUUUUGUAGCUCUUAGCAGUCUGCUUGGGAUUUAACUAUCUUGAGUAGUUUUGUAUCAUCUGCAAAUUUUGCCAUGUCACUGUUUAUCCCUUUUUCCAGAUCAUUUAUGAAUAUGUCGAAUAGGACUGGGCCCAGUACAGACCUCUGGGGGACACCACUAUUUACCUCUCUCCAUUCUGCAAACUGACCAUUUAUUCAUACCCUUUGUUUCCUAUCUUUCAACCAGUUACCAAUCCAUGAAAGGACCUUCCCUCUUAUCCCAUGACUGCUUACUUUGCUUAAGAGCCUUUGGUGAGGGACCUUGUCAAAGGCUUUCUGAAAAUCUAAGUACAUUAUAUCCACUGUAUCCCCCUUGUCCACAUGCUUGUUGACCCCCUCAGAGAAUUCUAGUAGAUUGGUGAGGCAUGAUUUCCCUUUACAAAAGCCAUGUUGACUCUUCCCCAACAAAUUAUGUUCAUCUAUGUGUCUGACAAUUCUGUUCUUUACUAUAGUUUCAACCAGUUUGCCCAGUUCUGAAGUAAGGAUUACCGGCCUGAAAUUGCCAGGUCACCUUUGGAGCCCUUUUUAAAAAUUGGCAUCACAUUAGCUGUCCUCCACUCAUUUGGUACAGAAGCUGAUUUAAAUGAUAGGUUACAGAUAACAGUUAGUAGUCCUUCAAUUUCACAUUUGAGUUCCUUGAGAACUCUUGGGUGAAUACCAUCUGAUCCUGGUGACUUUUUACUGUUUAGUUUCAGUUUGUCCCAAAACCUCCUCUAAUGACAUCUAAGUCUGGGACAGUUCCUCAGAUUUGUCACCUAAAAAGAAUGGCUCAGGUUUGGGGAUCUCCCUCAUAUCCUCAACCGUGAAGGCCAAUGCAAAGAAUUCAUUUGGUUUCUCCACAAUGGCCUUAUCCUUGAGUGCUCUUUUAGCAUCUCGAUUGUCCAGUGGCCCCAUUGGUGGUUUAGCAGGCUUCCUGCUUCUGAUGUACUUACAAUUUUUUUUUGUUUUGCUAUUACAUUUUGAGUCUUUGGCUAGCUGUUCUUCACAUUCUUUUUUGGUCUUCCUAAUUAUAUUUUUACAAUUCAUUUGCCCGAGUUUAUGCUCCUUUCUUUUUGCCUCUCUCUGCUUCUUUUACUUUGUUUAGCCAAGGUGGCUCUUUUUUGGUUCUAUUGCUAUGUUUUUUAAAUUGAGGUAUACAUUCAAGUAGAGCCUCUGUUAUAGUGUCUUUAAAAAGUUUCCACGCAGCUUGCAGGGAUUUAACUUUUGGCGCUGUAUCUUUUAAUUUCUGUUUAAGUAACCUCCUCAUUCUUGUGUAGUCCCCCUUUCUGAAAUGAAAUGCUACAGUGUUGGGCCGUUGUGGUGUUUUCCCCGCCACAGGGAUGUUAAAUUUAAUUAUUAUUGUCACUAUUACCAAGCGGUCCAGCUAUAUUCACCUCUUGGACCUGAUCCUGCAGAUGGCCUGGGUGGAGAUGGUCUGGGCCAAUGUUCAUGACUGUAUGUGUGCAUGCAUGUCAGUAAAAUAUAUGACAGGUUUCAAAGUAGCAGCUGUGUUAAUAUAUCUGUGUUUAUUUAGGACAAUAAUAAUGGAUAGAAAAAGCUAGGUUGGCUUGGUGUAUUUAACAUGCACUAUAUUCGUAUUAAUGGCCCAACUGCUUGUGUCAUGGAGUGGAAUGUAGGCUCACAAAAUUUGCAGUUGACAUGUAGCUGAAGGGGUUGCAAGCACUUUGUAGAGACAGAAUUGGAAUUCAAAACAAGAGACAAGAGAAUUGGGCUGAAAUCAACAGGAUGAAAUUGAAUAACAACUUCCUUUAAGAUCCGAAGUCUGAAAGCUGAGAUGCAUUGUAGAUCCAAACAGCCAUAGGCAAUCCAGUGUGAAGCAAGCGUUAGUGAAAUCUAUCAUAGGGGGUGUGUGUGAGGGAAGUGGGGGAAUAUUAUAUGCCAAACAAGAGGGCUUAACAACACACAAAUCCAAUAUAAAUCCUGCAUUCUUACUGGAGGGGGACUUAUAAAGGUCCUUCAAGACUGGGUUUUUUUAGACAGCUGUGUCUAUAAGGCUAAAUCUGUUGGUGUCUUUUUUCAGAGUAAUAGCCGUGUUAGUCUGUAUCCACAAAAAGAAGAACAGGAGUACUUGUGGCACCUUAGAGACUAACAAAUUUAUUAGUCUCUAAGGUGCCACAAGUACUCCUGUUCUUCUUUUUGGUGUCUUUUUGUGGGGCUGAGAAGUUAAGUUCCUAUUGCAGAAGGCCUGUGUAAGAGUAUGGGGAACUGAGUUUAGCUUUUUACUGUUCAGAUAUCACAUUUGAUUGUUUAAUACCCAGGAUUGGUUAGAGAGAAAGGACUGAGAGAUCUCCGAGGACUCGGAAAUAUCCCUUACCUUUGUAAGGGAUAUGAUUUGUAUGUGUGUAUCCCCCUGACUGUAUUUGCAAAGAGACCAUUUUCCUUAGCUAUAGAAUUUCAUCUGGAAAACCUGGCUUUGGGGUCAAAUUUGCAGCCACUUCCUACACAGAAUUCCUGUUGAAGUUGAUCGGAGUCCCCCAUGCAUUAGGCCUCAAUCCUGCAAACACACUUAACGUUACUUUCAUGAGAAGUCCCACUGGAAUCAAUGGAACUACUUGCAUAUAUAAAGCUAAGUGUGUGUAUAAGUGUUUGCAGGGUCAGGGCCGUAGUUGUCUGCCAAGUUAGUAGGCUAUACAUGAAUUCUGAAAGGAUUUCCCAAUUCUUCUAUGGAUAUGGGAGUGAAAAUGUUAAAUGUCAACCUUCACUGUUUUGUGGAGUAAACUGAGGGGACUGUCUGCUGGAAUAUCAUGGCCUCUGUCUCUGAAGAGCACCAUACUGGGUAUUGCUGAUCAAGUCUUUCCAAAUAAUCUGUGGAUUUACUGCUAUGCUGAAACUAAAAAUGGCCGCGGUGUAGUGUCGUCAGUAAGUCUGUGACACAAUUAUGUCGAUAUGUGUGUAUCCAUGAGAGCUGAUCCUCACAAGUGUUCUGUAGUAUGUGUGUAGAUAGCAGUAUGUUUAACUAACAUGACUUAACUCUCUGUAAACAGGGAUAGUCCAAAUUCAAAGGCUCACACUGCAUCCCUCUUUCUAUUUGGGUUGAUGAGAUCCAAUAAGUCCUUAAGGCCCUUUUCAAAAACAGCAAACAUCCAUGAACCCAGCGCAUUAUUUACACAGCUUACUCUUGGAGCGUGGUGCUGCAGUCCUUACUCAAGCAAAGCUUCCAUUGACACCACUGGGAAAUCAGCCUGAGCAAGGACUUUCUGGUGGGCCCUUUAGGCUGGCGUUUUCAAAAGAGCUAAGGGAGUUAAGUGCCCAAAUACUAUUGAAUUUCAGUGGGAUGCACGCCUAACUCCCGUAGGCCCCUUUGAAUAUCCCAGCCUCCGUGUAUGAUUUGGCAGCCAUUGCUUUGUGCAAUUCAGUCCACGAGCAGAUGCAUCUCACCAAGUACCUUGGAUCUCCUCGGCAUGGAGAGUCUGUGGGUGUGUUGGGGGUCGCUGGGGUGCAUGAUAAGCAGUAAGAAUCCAACCCAUAAUGUUGCAGCAUAUUGGCCCUGUCUAGAGCAGAGCCCUUUGAUUCUGGUACAGACUUACAUACUGAUCUUGUGACAGCACAUGCACUAUUAAAUACCCCUGGGGGAAGUUCUUGUUUCCAAGUGCUGCAGUUCUUAUCUAACUGACCCAGUUUUAUCUGUCCACCAAGCUCAUCAAGGCCUUCUGUGCCACAGUGCCCUUCAAAACUCCCCCAAGAAAUGCACAGACCGUGUCAUGGCCAAAUCAUUUGCCAAACUGAUUGUUUUCUGAUUAAUUAGUUAGUUGAAUUAGAACAGUGUAGACCAAGGUUAAAUCAGUAAAAGACAUUUCUGGGGUAUGAUUCAGCUGCCAUUGAAGCCAAUAGGCAAAUUGUCACUGAUGUCAGGAAUGGCCCCAUUGUGAAGAUAGCCGUAUGCCCUCACAGCACGAAUCUCUGCCAGAGGUCCUAGAAUGUGACUUAGCUGCUGCUGCGACGGCGUCUUUUUGAAUGUACUGGACACAAACAGCCUUCCCAGUGGGCACAAGGUGGCUUGGGCACAGAUUAAUUCCAGCAGGGAGAAAGUCCUCACUCAGACCUGCCCAUACAUACUCAUUACCGAGGCUAUAGAUCAUGAGUGUGUGUGCCAGUGGAGAUGUCUGAAUUCCCUGUAUGUGGAAAGUACCUGCCACGUUUUUGUUAAAGUUAUGAACAGUUGGCAUCUUGGAAUCACUUUACCUGGAGGGACUGUACUUUCUCUCCUCCAUCCCCCACCGGGACAGUUAUGUUGGUGAGGUUAUGCCCACAUCUGCCAUCCCAUGAGACUUCUCAGGAUAGGAACUUUGAAGGGAGUUUAAAACACAGUGGGCCUGAUUGUGAUCUCAUUUAGCCCUGUCUUACGCUGGCAAUGCUCCAAUGGGUCUGAUUCUUCUCUCACUGCCACCAGUUUCAUACUGGUGCAACUCCAUUGGCUGCCGUGGAGUUACUCCUGAUUUACACCGCUGUAGCUGAUCAUCAAGAACUAUCUGACUCCCAAAUGCCUUCUUUCUAAGGAGCAAAUUGUAAUCACUGAAUUAUCACACAAUGGCAGUGAGGGUAACUGUGCAGACUGAAAAGUCCUGCUCCUGGUACCACCAAUGGGAGCAGAUUGGAGCCAUUUGUCUUUCAAUGAUAGUUAGAUCAAACGUGCCCCGUUUGCAAGCCAAGCCAAAAUAUGAUGUGUUUUUCACCCAAUGGGAUCUGAAAGUCAAGCUGGAUUCUUCUGGCCUCUGUCAGCACAUCCUGCAGUGGAGACUUAGCUGACCACCUUAGCUGUUGCAUAGGUGGAACAGAAUCCAGCUUGCCCUUUGGUAGCUCUGUGCAGCCAACAGGAGAUGCAGACUGGAUACGAUUCUGAAGACAAAAAGGACUGUUGUUCAUGGGGCCAUCUGCCUCCCACAAGGUGCUAAGCACCGUUAACUCCUGAAGCUGGUGUGAGUUGUGGGUGCUCAGUCAGUCUCAGGAUCAGGCCCCCGCUGCAUCAGUGCCAUAUUUCGUCAAUGGCCCUGAGUCUCCAUUCACGUGAACUUGACGCUGACCUCAUUGAGGUCACUCCUGAUUUAUAGUGUAAACGAGUGGAGAACUGAGCCUAUUGACCUCCCCCUAGCCAAGCCUUCUUAGCUUUCUUACACUGGGGUCCUGCACAUACUCUCCCAUGUCCUGCCUCUUCGGAAAUGCCUCAUGGGCCAGAACAAGAAACCUGAUGCUAAAUCUCUCCCAGCUUGUAAAUCCAUCGAUUUCAAUAGAGUUUCUCCAAGAAAUCGCAGCAUUGCAAAAACAGGCCAACCCUUUUCUCCCAGCUGUUCCUUUCUGUAGCGGUCGUAACGUUUUAUGCCACCUUGAAGAAAAGACUUCAUUUUGAAUGAUAUUUUUUACAGGAAGUUUUAAUUUUUUUAAUCUUGUAUUUAUUUUGUUGGAACAUUUUUUAAAAUGCUUUUUCUAUAGACGUCCAUUCCCUCCCUGUAAGACACCGUUACAACCCGGAUUGCUUCUCGGUCAGGGUGGGUGGGAGUGGGGGGGAUUUUACAUUCAAAUGCUGAAACGUGAGGGCUCCGUUGAAAAAGCUGUGAUGAUUCAAGCACCCUAGAUCCUCAGUCUUGAAGGGGGAGGAGGGAAGAAAAAUCAGCUUCCCAGUGGCCAGCAGUCUUAACUGCUCAUGAGGUUCAGAGACAGCUGAAAGCGGGGGAGAGGCUGUUCUCUAAUCUAGACCGGUUCUAUGCUGGUUUGGCCCCACUGACUUCAGUGGACUUCUGAUUUGCACCAGAGUAGGUGAGGUCAAAAUCUGACGCAAAGAGUCACCUCUACCAUUCCAGAGUGGCUCAACAAGGGGACCAUGUAGCCCUGCUGUGUGUCACUAUGGCCCCAUGCAAUUCUGCUGCACGGAGAUGUGCCAUUCCAGACACUGGCAGAUCUAACGAGGCUGGAUGUGUAUUUGCCCUGGGGAAUAUAAUACCCCCUUGUUUACCGUAGCACUUUGCCCAAAGCCAGUCAAAUGGGAGAGGAGAGGGGUGCGUACUGACCUGGGAGAGGCAGGGCUCUUUCCAUGAGUCAUGCUUUCUAAAGUUAGACAGUUGGGUGCUAUUGGCACGUGACUCUGAGUAAAGCUCUGGAUUGGCGCUAAAAUGAGCUUGUCGGAGAUCAUCCCCUCACGGUGACAUGGACCAAUGCAACCUUGACAAGUGACCUUUCUUAUCCCUUGGUGCAGUUUCAUUAUUUGCCUUUUGCAAGAUGUGCUCUCUCCAGCCUCUGAGAGUGGAGAUUUGCUUCUGCAGCACCUGGAGAUGUGGUUUCUAGUGAUUUCACAAGUGUACAGCCUCCAUUAAUCCUAACAUCAGUAACUGCUAUUAACUUUGUAAAUAAAUUUUGACCGAAAUCCUGAAUUUUGGGACAUUGGCCAAGCUGUAAGUUAUACUCUUAAAUAAAUGUGCUCAUUCCAAAAG